UUUCAGAGGCUCGACGAGGCUAUCCUGGCGAUGGAGAUGAAGUGUCCAGCAGCACGUCUGGCCACUGCAGAGGCCUGGGUGGAGCACCUUGAGAGUCUCAAGAGGAAUGACAUUGUUAAUGAUUUGCACGAUGAUCCUUUUGCAAUUCAAAUGGCAACUGAACCCCAAACGACCUUGACUGGCGAGAAGGACGACCUAUUCAAGAUUGCUCUACAGUUGGGAAUUAUUUCAAAUGCCAGGAAGGCUUUUGAGCAGGAGGAGUUCCUGGCUAAAGUGAGUGCGAAAUCCAUGCAAAUUACAAAUGAUCAGCUUCAUAUGGAGAUGAUUCAGCAUGCCCAGCAACGGGUGGAUGAUCUCAGGCAGGAAUAUGGGAAACUGAGGAUGCUCUACGAGGAGCAGGAUGGCCUCUGGGCUUCCGUCACAGGUGGGACAUACACUUCAGGGUUGGAAGAGAGACUCGAACAGGAACUGAGUGAAGCUCGACAGAUUCGUGAUCGUCUCGUCUCCGUAGCUGAGCAGUGGCGCACAUCUGGGGCACUUCUUCACGCUGCCACAAAAUGCUCCCAACAAGUUAUUCAGUACUGGAAUCUCAUCCCAUUGGCCAGGAGGGCAGAUGAUAAACUCUCCCUGGCUCUGGAUUGUCGGCAUGCCCUUCAGGCUGCCAUAAAAGCGUACGAGGGUGCCCAGACUGCUCUACCUCAGGCAGAAAUUAUCCGGAAUCGGCAUCUAACCAGCGUCCGGAAUGCCAGUCAGUACCUCCUGACGGAUAUGGUCAACGAGAGAAGAUACAAACAAUCGAGCGGACUGUUUGAGGCCUUCCAGGAAACUCUUUCCACCACAACGGCAUGGCUCCAGGAAACCUUCACCACAACCCUCGGGGCAGACAUUCGGGAAUCAGAAACACUGAUGGUACAGCUGGCAAAGAGAUUGCGCCAGGAAAGACUAAAAUACAUCUCAACGAAUUACGGCAACAGAAUUUAUUUACCACGCAAGAGCGCAACGAGAUAACAAAGAUUUGG